ACGUUACCGUAUCACACGUUUUGGCCGGGUUUUUUCUUGUUCCAUACACCCACGUCGUUCGUCAUCUUGAACCCUUUCUCAUUUUCAUUCCACUUCUCUCCUCCCAUUCAAACCAACACCUCUUCUUCGCCACAAUUGCAUCAGUUCUUCCUUCUUCUCAAAGCAAACCUCUUCGUUAUUCUAUUCUCGCACUUUUUUACACCUACAGAAUCCCCUUAUUCCACAUACCUCAACUAUGUCCAGCUCCCGUCAAGUUACCUCACAACAGCCGCAGCCAGCCGGCAAGCUGUUCCAGUUUAAACUUGUCCUCCUAGGCGAAUCUGCUGUCGGAAAGUCGAGUCUUGUUCUCCGCUUUGUCAAGGACCAGUUUGAUGAUUAUCGAGAGAGUACCAUUGGAGCCGCGUUCUUGACACAGACCAUCUGCCUCGAUGAUGCCACAACAGUCAAGUUUGAGAUCUGGGAUACAGCUGGACAGGAGCGCUAUAAGAGCUUGGCACCAAUGUACUACCGCAAUGCCAAUUGCGCCGUUGUCGUCUAUGAUAUCACGCAGAGCUCGUCAUUGGAUAAGGCGAAGUCAUGGGUCAAGGAACUCCAACGCCAGGCCGAUCCUAACAUUGUGAUUGCAUUGGCAGGAAACAAGAGCGAUUUGAGCGCGAGACGCGUUGUUGAGACAGAGGAGGCACAGGCGUAUGCUGACGAAGCAGGACUCCUCUUCUUCGAGACUUCUGCCAAAACUGCCACAAACGUGAAGGAACUAUUCACCUGCAUAGCCAAGAAGAUGCCACUGGAUAUGCUUGCCAACCCACGCCCUCGUGGAACUGGCCUCAAUGCCAGAGGCGUCGAUCUGAACCGCGAUACCAAGGAGUCAGGCUGUGCUUGUUAAGAUAUUCUACCUUUUUUGCUGUAGCUUGACCAUGGUCUAUGGCUUUUUCCAGCUGCUGCUUGCCUUUCGCCAACACUCUUGACUCUUUUUUGUUUUCCAUUGUUCUCUACAUGCGCUUACACCCUCUUCAUCCUGCCCAUUCCUAAUAUCCGUGAGCUCAGAAACCCCUGCAUGCCAUGCGGCACAGCUUGAAACGAGCAACGCCCAAAUCAAUUUUUUUUUUAUUUCUACAAACAAAAUAAACAUAAACAGCUUUUGUUUUAA